AGAACUUGGCAAUUUGAUCAAAAAUUCUAUGUCAACAGAAGGAGUAGAGGGGCUGAAAUAGCUCAUUUGAAAAGGGUUUAUGACCUGGUAGAUUAUGUAAGAAAAACAAUAGAAAAAGAACAGAUCAAUUUUGAAACUUUUCUUGACAAUAUUAGGCCUUUAAAGCUUACCUUAAAUUAUCUAAAAGAAGUAGAAGUCGAAGAAUUUAAAAAUCUUGCCAAUUUUGUAUUGGAAAAAUUAAAGAAUCAACCUAAUUAA